GGUUGGUUUGCGACGGGGCUGGAGAAGUGCGGUCUUGGACGAGGAUUCGGAUGACUCAGUCGCGUUCCGCAAUUAAUCCAGUCAACUUGAACCACAGCAAGUACCGGGUCGUCUUGUCUCACGACAAUCUACAUUUUUCCCACCUGCUGCUAAACCGUCUUUGUCCUGGCAUAUUGCCAGUCAUGGAUGACUCAAGUCCCUCAGACCCUUCGGGCAAGGGUAAUGCGUCCCUCAACCCAACCGCCGCAUCUUUCACGAUGCCAUCUGCCAGCGAAGGCACCACUGUGCCUGGUCCUACUCAAGACUCUCAGAACUCUCAAGCAACAAGCACAAACGGAGAUGCUCAACAACAAGACCAAACCAAGAAACCAAACAAGUCAAAGCCACGCCCUGACUCAUCAGCUCGGUCAACAACAGAACAAAGCGUCGCAGAAGCCGGCGUGGGGGUCAAGUUGACAGGCGCACAAUUGAAAAAGCAAAAGGCGGCGGAAAAAGCAGCCCGGAGAGCAGAGAAGGUUGCAGAGAAGGGAGCGCAAGCACAGGCUCAGGUUCAGGGGCCAGCAUUAGGAUCCGGGUCAGGAGCAUCAACAUCCUCAGCGAGACGGCCGUCAACAACGAAAAGAGACAGCGACAACACACCCCAUCUGAAAAGGACACUUUCUUCCGGCGGUGGUAAACCCAUACCUAUCCGCGGCAAUUCUUCUCAGCAGCAACAACAGCAGCAAAGCGGCCAGAUACCUUCCACCUCUGAAAAAGAGAAGCACCCCGAACCCAAGCGCGUGGGGAUGUUCUCCCACCUUUAUCCCAAAGAGAAGAGGGCGACUUUGGCAGGAGCUGGGCGAGAAAUCCACCCUGCUGUUCUGGCUUUGGGACUACAGCUACGAGACUACGUGAUAUGCGGUGGGAAUGCACGGUGUGUAGCCACACUACUCGUGUUCAAAAAGGUGAUACAGACAUACACGACGCCAGCAGGAGUCGCUCUGUCUCGACACUUGCUUACACACCUCAACCACCAAAUCGCAUAUUUACGGAACUCCCGACCUCUAAGCAUGAGCCAGGGCAACAGUAUCCGAUGGCUCAAGAACCUGAUUUCCACGCAGCCCGUGGAAGCCAGCGAUAGUGAAGCCAAACAGAGCCUUUGCGACGCUAUCGACGUGUACAUCCGUGAACGGAUCACACUGGCCGACGAGGUGAUUGCCCGCGAGGCCACUGACCGGAUUGAAGACGGCGAUGUGAUUUUGACUUAUGCUAAGAGCAGCAUUGUGGAGAAGACGCUCAUCAAUGCGCACCGGCAAGGGAAAAUGUUUCGUGUUAUUGUCGUCGACUCCCGGCCCAUGUUUGAGGGCAAGAACCAUGCUAGAAGUCUCAUCCGCGCGGGGCUAAAAGUGCAAUAUACUCUGCUUACGGCAAUCGCCGACAUUGUGGACCAAGAACCGGUGACAAAGUGCUUCCUGGGUGCCUCGGCCAUGCUGGGCAAUGGGAAGCUUCUGUCGCGUGCUGGCUCGGCCAUGGUCGCCAUGAUGGCUAAGGAGUGUUCGAAAAACAAAACCCGCAAUGUCCCUGUCAUUGUCCUCUGUGAGACGGUCAAGUUCAGUGCAAAGGCGGCCCUGGACAGUAUUAUCUUGAAUGAAGUCGGUGAUGCAGAUGCUUUGGUCGAAUCGUCACAACCUGAUGUGUUUUCUUCGACCGGUGUUUCUUCUGCUGCUGCAGGAGCAACCGCGAAGGGCGGCAAAAAAUCCGGGAACAAGGAUAAGGAUGAGGACGAUGGAGACGACAAAGGAAAUGGUGCGGCGAAAGGUCUCGACGGCUGGAAAGACCAGCAUGGUUUGUUCCUGCUGAAUCUCAUGUAUGAUGUUACUCCGUCCGAGUUCUUGGACCUCGUUAUCUGCGAGUUGGGGAGUCUACCGCCCGAGGCGGUUCCUGUGGUUAAUGGCGUGCAUGGAGAUGACCAGGCUUUGGCAUAGAGGGGUGAUUACCUGGUAGGCAUGAUAGGAAACCGGAACAGGGCCGUUGGCAUGGGCACUCGAGAAAUGAGAACGAAUCCAGUCGUUACUUCUAGCUGUUGGAGGAUUGCAUUUGUUCCCAUGUGCUGAUAGGGAGGCUUGCUCAUCACAGUUUACACGGAUCGUAACUCACAUCACAGGAUCGUGCACGCUUCACGUUGGUUUGAUGACAUGGGAAAUAUGACUGUUUGGCAGUAGGAGACUUGCUUUUUGCAAAAGCCUUUAGGUUUGGAAGAUUGUUCUUUUUGAUUGCGAACCCCAGAGCCCGGAUCACUGUUCCAGGUCUUAUCGUCUAGCAGAGACUCGCUUUUUCAAACUCCGGAAAGCAAUGUCGGUGGUCUUGUCAUAUUUGUUCUUGCAGGCCGCUGUUACAUUCCCAGCGCCGUUCCCCCCGGUACCAGUACUUCCAGUCCAUGCGGUGCAACCUGGCAACAAAGUGCAAAUGAUGCACGCACCCACCGACUUCGUUUCAGUCCUUGAUGCACCCCAUCAACCCCUCAUCCACAGCCACUUCAGUCGAUGCUUGCAUUUCGCAAUCAUAAAUUGGAAAAACUGCCUCCCCUAGUAGCCCAUCUUGAAUCCGGUUUCGGUGGCGCUCGGUUGCAUUUCAGAGAAGAACAUUUAUCGGUGCUAAUACACGGACCGUCAUGUUAGCCAUGUUCGCAUAACCAGUUCAACUUUCAUG